AUGACUGAAUAUAAUGGGGCAACUCUGCGUUCCAAAAAAGCUAGAGUUUUAUCGUCUUUGUAUGACUACACAUCCAAUAUUGCUGGUGAGAAGGGUUUGUCUUCUACCCGAGGUGUUGCUGCAAGUACCGCCGCAACUCUCUUAAGUAUGGGCAUCACCAAAUUGGAAGCACAAGAAUUGGCGAGAAAUGAAAAUCUCCAACUAAGUAUCGAGGAUGCCGAAUUGAUAGAAGGCAUGGCCCUGUCUGCUGAAGACUAUCAGCAACAAAAGGGUAAAGAGCAGGCACAUUUCAUGGACCGGUUCAUGGAGCGCCUAAUUGAUAACACAAUCCCAAAAGAUUCUCCGGACGCCCAAUUAUUGCAGGAGAGAAUAAAAGAUCCAUCAAGAAGCGAAAAAAAGCCUUUAUCACUUGUGCUCUUGGUGUCCAACUUGAAGCGAACUAGUCUGAAAAUGGGAGGCUUCUUUAGAUUGCAAUACGGAUUGAUACAUAUUUUGACGUGGCGCAACCAGGCAAAAACUCUCUUUACGUUGGUUGUUUACACGUCAGUUUGUUUAUGGCCCCAUUUGGUUGUUUGUUUCCCAUUGUUGAUUCUUUUGUUCGGCGUGAUAUUGCCACACUAUUUACUAAGGCAUCCAAUGGAUCUACCAGAGAUUUUGCCUGUGAAGAAGCGAGGUCAGUCAUUUUUCCAAUUCUUCACGGAGUCCCAAAACAGUAGUUUACUUUCUGACUACUUGAAUGUGGGAACAUCGACGAUUGACGAGGCUCAACUGUGCGAUAGCUCGAUUAUUUCCGGCACUGGAACAAUGAAGUCAUCGGACGAAAUCUCCACCCGCCCUUCUUCUGUUGCUGAGUCUGCGGCACCAGACGAAUCAAACAAGAAGGACAAGACGAAAAUCAUCAAAUCCCAAGUUUCUCUACUCAUGAACAUGCGUGACUUACAAAAUCUUACAACAGAUCUAUUGGAUAGUUUAGAGAAAGGAGAGACAUUGGCGACCGACAUUUUGAGUUUUAAGAAUGAGCGGCUUUCCACUGUUGUUUUUUUUAUCGUAGUUCUCCUGACGCUGGUCGUUUUUUUUUUGGGACAGUUCAUACCAUGGAAACUAAUUUUCAUAUCUAUGGGCUACAUUGUGUUGUCUGUGCUACAUCCUGGCGCCAAAGAUGUGAUUGCUGCCUUGAGCAAGGGCCAAAACAAAUCGAAGUCGCAAGCCGCCCCGAAGAUUAUCGUCCCGAAAGCAAAGCCCGGUCAAUUUCUAGAGUCUAUGGAGUUUGAAAAUAUCAUUGUUGACAAUGAGCCAGAUACUCGCGUCGUUGAGAUAUUCGAAUUGCAGGCUAAGGACAUAUUCAAGCAUGAGUGGUCAUUGUUUGCGUACUCCAAACGCAUUUACGAUUGGAAGGAUCCUGUAAGAUUAUCUGGAAGAUAUCCACACGGUGUUAAUCAUCUUCGAAAGGUGCUACCACCGAAGGAAUGGAAGUAUGAUUUUGGAUAUGCCAGUAAUUGGUUUAUUGAUACGGACCCCAUAUCAUUUAUUACGGACCGACGCCUUGACCAAACACACUUGAGCGUCAGAGAAGAGGAUAUGGAUACGGAAGGUUGGAUUUACGAUAAUAUACCCCUUGACCAAGAGAAUGUGAAGGAAUUUAGGCGGCGUCGCCUUUACCGGACGUGCUACAGGUAUGCUCGGCCGGUGGACAAGAUCAAAUUUGCAUGA